AUGUACAUGUGCUUGUCUUCGUCUCUAGUUGUUGGUAAAUUGUCUAAUGGAAAGGAAGUUGCUGUGAAAAGACUUUCAAAAGAUUCGAGGCAAGGAAUAGAUGAAUUUAAAAAUGAAGUUUUACUGAUUGCAAAACUUCAACAUCAGAAUUUGGUGAAACUCAUAGGAUGCUAUGAAACAAGAAGGUCAAUCUUGGAUUGGAGAAAACGCUUUGAUAUUAUCAUUGGGAUUGCUCGUGGAAUCUUAUAUAUUCACCAAGAUUCUAGGUUGAAAAUUAUCCAUAGAGAUCUAAAAACCAGCAAUAUCCUAUUGGAUGAAGAAAUGAAUCCAAAAAUUUCAGAUUUUGGCCUAACUAGAAUCUUCAAAGGCGACCAAACUCAUGAGAAGACAAACAGAAUAGUUGGAACAUCUGGAUACAUGCCUCCAGAAUAUGUGAUAUGGCAUUUAUGGAGAGAAGAGAGAGCAUUGGAGAUAGUUGAUUCAUCGCUAAAGCAUUCUUGUUCUCCUGAUGAAGUAUUGAGAUGCAUCCAAAUUGGGCUCUUAUGUGCGCAAGAAGAUGUAAUGGAAAGACCGACCAUGUCAACUGUCGUUCUAAUGUUAAAUAGUGAAUGUCUUCCUUCUCCUAAGCAACCUGCAUUCACUUUCAAAAAGUCUAGUAUUAUUAAUUUUAGCUCAUUAGAACCAAAAGAAGGAUUUUGUUCUGUGGAUGAGGAGACAAUUACUGAGGUUGUUUGUCGUUGA